AUGGUUCCUGCGGCCGCGGCAGCAGUUACGGGGCUCCUCCAGGCGGCCUGGGCGCUGCGGCUCGGCCCCUGGUGUGUGCGGCUCGGCCUGGGGCCGGGGCUGCCGGGCGUAGCCAGCUUGCGGGUCCGCCAUCCCUUGCGGGUCCCGGGCCAGGCCGUCCACAGGCGAGGCUACAGCUCGGAGUCUAGGGUGGAGGACGAGCUGCGGGUACGCUAUCUAGAAGAGGAGAACCGAGGAAUUGUGGUGCUUGGAAUAAACAGAGCUUAUGCCAAAAAUGCAAUCAGUAAGAAUCUUAUAAAAAUGCUAUCAAAAGCUGUGGAUACUUUAAAAUCUGAUAAGAAAGUGAGGACUAUAAUAGUCAGAAGUGAAGUUCCAGGCAUAUUCUGUGCUGGUGCUGACCUUAAAGAAAGAGUCAAAAUGCAUUCCACCGAAGUUGGUCCUUUUGUCUCCAAAGCAAGAGCAGUCAUUAAUGAAAUAGCCAACCUUCCCGUGCCAACUAUUGCAGCCAUAGAUGGACUUGCAUUAGGUGGUGGUCUUGAACUGGCUUUAGCAUGUGAUAUUAGAGUGGCAGCUUCUUCUGCAAAAAUGGGCCUAGUAGAGACAAAACUGGCAAUUAUUCCUGGUGCAGGUGGGACACAGAGAUUACCACGCGCUAUUGGAAUGUCUCUGGCUAAAGAACUCAUCUUUUCUGCGCGUGUGUUAGAUGGCCAAGAAGCCAAAGCAAUAGGCUUAAUUAGCCAUGUUCUAGAACAGAACAAAGAAGGAGAUGCUGCCUACAAAAAGGCCUUGGACCUAGCAAAAGAAUUUUUGCCACAGGGUCCUGUUGCAAUGAGAGUAGCAAAAUUAGCAAUUAAUCAAGGAAUGGAGGUUGAUUUAGUAACAGGAUUAGCCAUAGAAGAAGCUUGUUAUGCUCAGACCAUUCCAACAAAAGACAGACUUGAAGGCCUUCUUGCUUUUAAAGAGAAAAGACUACCUCGUUAUAAAGGAGAAUAG